UAGAGCAGUACAGCAUGGCGGACUUAUUUGAAGGUGUACUUUGACAGGAUUUUCUGAUGGUGGACGAUGCGGGGGCCAUUUAUUUGUUUGAUAUAUUAGAGGGCCAAGAUUAUGGCGAGUACUAGGCGCCGUGUCAAGCUAUAUACGCUAAACGAAGACCGGCAGUGGGAUGACCGUGGUACGGGGCACGUGUCGUCGUCGUAUGUUGAACGUUUACAAGGGAUGUCGAUCAUGGUUCGAUCCGAAGAAGACGGUUCAAUUCUGCUCGAGUCAAAGAUACAACCUCACACAGCUUAUCAGAAGCAGCAGGAGACGCUAAUUGUGUGGUCAGAAGGCGACAACUACGAUCUGGCCUUAAGUUUUCAAGAGAAAGCUGGCUGCGAUGAGAUUUGGGAAAAAAUUUGCCAGAUCCAAGGGAAAGAUCCGUCUGUAACCAUCACUCAGGAUAUACCAGAGGAUGACGAUUCCGAAGAACGUUUUGAAGAAGUCUUAGACUCAACAGGCCCAAUCGAAUUACCACCCUGUGAACUUAGCAAACUGGAGGAAAUCGCCGAGCUAUUUAAUAGUGUUUUACCAUCACCAAUUCGCCGGGAAAAAUUGGCAUUGGCGAUCGAACAAGACAAUUACAUUAGAAAAUUACUGGACUUGUUUCACAUCUGCGAGGAUUUGGAGAACUUGGAUGGACUUCAUCACUUAUAUGAUAUUUUUAAGUCAUUGUUUUUUAUGAACAAGCCUUCAUUGCUGGAAAUCAUGCUUGCAGACGAUCUUGUCUUCGACGUUGUUGGAUGUUUGGAGUACGACCCGAGCAAAGCUUCUCCCCAGCGGCAUCGAGUGUUUUUGAAGGAAAGUGCGAACUUCAAAGAAAUAAUUCCCAUAUCAAACCCGGAUUUAAUAAACAAGAUUCAUCAAACUUAUCGUGUACAGUAUAUUUACGAUGUUAUCCUACCCCCGCCGUCGAUAUUUGAGGACAAUAUGCUGGCCUCGGUGAAUUCAUUCAUACUUUUUAAUAGGAUUGAAAUAGUCACUCAUCUGCAGGAGGAUGAUAAAUUUUUAGCAGAUAUGUUCUUACAACUCACUGAUGAAGAUACACUAGAAGAGAGAAGGAAACAACUUAUAAAUUUUUUGAAAGAAAUAGUCAGCUUCUCCCUACACUUACAAAUUCACCAGAAAGAUGAAUUUUUUAAGGCCCUUGUACACCACGGUUUGUUACCUGCCAUGGAAAUGCUUCUUGUCAGUGACUGUGAAGAGAACAGACUCUCAGCUGUUGAGAUGUUUUCACAAGUUGUUGACAUCAGCCCCUACCUUGUAAGGGAUUUCAUCAUGAAGGAGGGACAGACCCAGGAAGAGGAUAUGCUUAUCAACCACAUCAUCGACUUUAUGAUAUGUGAUGGGGAUACAGGAAAUGCCUUUCAACUGUCUCAGCUGAUAAGAACCAUGCUGGAUCCAGAAAACAUGGCAUUAGGAGCAAAUAAAAUGGAGAAGUCUGAAUUCUUGAGUUUUUUCUACAAACAUUCCAUGCAUGUGAUGACAGCACCUCUCUUUGCCGCAACCUGUGAUGACAAGCCAAGCAAAGAUGAUUAUGUCAACAGCGUGACACUUGGACAUAUUUUAGAACUGCUGACGUUCUGUGUUGAACACCAUACUUACCACAUAAAAAACUACGUCAUUAGUAAAGACCUACUUAGAAGAGUGUUGGUGCUCAUGAAAUCACAACACAAGUUUUUAGUGUUAAAUUCACUGCGUUUCAUGAGAAGAAUAGUCGGUUUAAAGGACGAAUUUUACAACCGUUACAUUGUCAAGGGACAGUUGUUUGAUCCAGUUGUUACAGCAUUCAAAAACAAUGGACAGAGAUACAAUCUUCUUAAUUCUGCCAUCGUAGAACUCUUUGAAUUUAUCAGAGUGGAAGAUAUAAAGAGCCUCUGUUCACAUGUUUGUUCAAAAUACACGCCUUUUUUUAAAGAGGUUACAUACGUGAGUACAUUCAAAGGGAUUCUGCAACGAGAUGAACAGGAACUGGACAGAAAACAGAACAGGAUGCUGGAGAGAGGUUCCUUGAAUCAUGGCACUAUUCAUGUAAACAGCCGAUUAAGACGAGAUGUGCGGGCCCUCGACGAGGACGAAGAAUUAUGGUUCGAUCAGGAAGAUGAAAAUGGGGAGGAAACUGUCACGCUUGAUCAGAGUGAUCUUCUUAAUGAGGAAUCGUCUUUCAAAAAUCGAAAAACCUUCGUCAAUGAAAAGACACCACCCUCAAUCGUCAAUAACAAGCGGCCUUUGGUUGGGCUUGUUGACUAUCCUGAUGAUGAGGAUGAAGACGAGGAUGAAAGUGAAACGACCAGUCCUGCGAAAAGAGCUCGUCUGAAUGCCUCCUAGCAUCUGCUCAUAAGCCGCGUGUGUGUCAGCUGCUGCUCAGGGGAAUUAAGGAAGAUGUGCACGUAUGCGUGCGUGACAGCAUCGCGUGACUUCGUGACAUGCUAAGAGCGUGACAGUAGAUCGAGUGAAACACAUUCGAAAGACGUUUUCCUUCUCAAUGGACAGGUUGAUCCUAAUUAAUUUACCUUUCCUGCUGGAGAUUUCAGUUCGACAUAUCUAUCAUUAAUUAUAUUGUGUAUCCUAUGUGCAUUCUAGUCGCUCGCGUGAUUUUACUGAUACCUUUCGGUCAAAAUGAUGAAAGUUAUUGAUCUUCUACUAAUUCAUAGCUAAGUUUUGUAGUGUUUUAGAUCGCUGAAAAUUUAUUUGCUUUGUAUCACAGUCCUCCCAGAUCUUUUUCUCUUUCGAAACUAUCCUCUUUAAGUCAUUAUAGCACCUUGGUGUUCUUCCAGAUCAGACGAUUCCAGAUGUUCAUUUUGCGCUAAGUGUUGUAAUUGUCUUGCAUCCUUUGCACCCGUUGUUUGAUCGUGUCACUCAACGCUGUCUUUCACCUGUACUUGAUAAGAGGAAAUGUUCGUUGUGUUACAAGUUCAGACAGGGGCUGAAAAGGAGACUCGUUUUUGUCUGAAUGUAUUGACGAGGCUGGCCUCCAAUGAAUUAUUAAAUGUACUCAUAGCAAGAACCACUGAAAUUCCAGAGUAGUUCAAAGGCAAAGUGUCAUUUAACAUCUGAGAAAUACUCGCUGCUUAUCUGUCGUGAACAUCAUGAUGUGUACGUGAUGAUGCACUUCACUUUCUUGUUGCGUGACGUUAGGAAAGAAAAAAGUCAUUUCUGUGGGGUUUCUCUAGCUGCGAAAGGUUCUUCACCCGAAAACUGCUUUGGAAACGGGAAGCAUGGAUCAACCUGUCCAAAGACGUCGCCCUUCUGCAUUAUUACAAAGACUAAUUUAUUCCUCGUGUACUUGAAUUACUAAGUGUGCCGUGUCUUGUUUUUAAACAAUGGGGACAACCGUCAAGUUUUAACUCAGUUUGUGUACAGACAUUUUUUUGUACAGUGUACAUGAAAUCCAAAAAUCUUAUCGUAGAAAGAGAGAAUUAUAAUAAUAAACUGUAAAAAGUGACUUUCAUUCCAGUCGUCACGCCGCAUUUCCAGAAGAGAGUGGGUUUGUCACACAACACCCUUUAGGAGUGUAGCGUUACGAUUGGAAAUACUCACUGAGAAGCCUAAAGUAACGUUGGGAUGACGGUAGAAAUUUUAUUUUCUAAGAUUAGUUCAGAGUGUGUGGAAUUUUAUUCUUGUUUUUUUUUUCUUUUUUUAACAAUAUCAGUAUCUUCAAGGAUGUUUUAGCCACAUGUAACUUGUGUGAUUCUGUUUAGUUCAUGGGUGCAAAUUUAUCGUGAAAUUUGUCACUGUUUUAGAUUAAUCCGAAGGCAUGGUUGGUCCGGUAGCGGAGAAUGUUUAAUCCGUCGAGGACUAAAGGAACUGAACAGAAGUGUAGAUUCGUUUCUUUCGGUGUAGUUUACUAAACUUCGUGAAGUGGAAUAAGAUGACAGUAAAAGGAACCUGCUAAAAGAAUGUCUUAAUGAAACACUGCAUUCUGUUCCCUUCAGACUAGUGCAGAUGGUGGAAAACAAAUAUCUUAGAGGGUUUGUGGAAGAUUAUGCACUUUGAAAUUUGCGGAUGAUCGUGAAGGAUCAAGCAUUUUACAGUGUUAGUAAUGUAGUCGAGCCCAUGAUGUUAGAUAUCAAGCUGGUUUUUUAAGAAUGAAUUUUCAUCAUUCAUAGUCGACAGAACCUUGCCAACGCUUUGCCACAUUUCUUUUGUACCCUUGUUAAAGCCGACAGAAUAAAAGCUUCAGAACUACGUUUGACUUAAAUGUGUAAGCAGAAAUCUGA